UGUAUCAUCGACCCGGAGUUACAAUCCAUUGAUGCCAGCAUUCAUGGCCGCACAAGCCGAGUCAUCAACUCGCUUGUUACGGGUGCUGAGGUUCAAGCUUUGUCUUUUGACUCACUCAGAGAAGUUACUGAAUGCCUACUUGACAUGAAUCAAGAUAUAGUCAAAGUCAUUUUAGAAUGCAAGAAAGAUAUUUGGAAAAAUGAUGAACUGUUCUCCUUAGUGGAGGAUUAUUUUGAGAGCAGUAUCCAGACAUUGGACUUCUGUACUGCCCUAGGGAAUUGCCUUAAGCGAGCUCGAAACAGCCAGGUAAUCAUUCAGCUUGCAGUUAAGCAGUUUGAAGAAGAGGUGGGAUUGCAAGAUGGGGUUCUGGAGACGAGGUUCACGAAAACUUUGGAAGACCUAAACAAAUUUAAGGAGGCUGGUAACCCAUUUACUGACGAGUUUUUUAAAUUGUUUCAGUCGGUAUAUGUGCAGCAGGUAAAGAUGCUGGGAAAAUUGCAAGCUCAGAAAAGAAAGCUUGAUAAGAAAUUAAAGUCUUUAGGGACAUGGAGGAAGGUGACGAAUGUCUUGUUCGUCGCAGCUUUUGUUUCGGUAUUGAUUUUCUCAGUGGUGGCAGCUGCUGUUGCUGCACCUCCUGUGGUGACUGCGUUAGCUGGAGCCUUGACAGUUCCAAUUGGCACUAUGGGGAAAUGGUGCAACUAUCUUUGGAGACGAUAUGAGAAAGAGGUUCAGAGGCAGAAGGAGCUGUUAAACUCAUUGUACCUUGGCACUUACAUCACAGUCAAGGAUAUGGAUAAUAUUCGGUUGCUUGUCAACAAGUUGGAAAUUGAGAUUGAGUCCAUGUUGCAAAAGGCCGAGUUUGCAAAUAGAGAAGACGCAGUGAGGCUUGCAAUAGACGAGAUCAAGAAGAAGUUGGACGUCUUUAUGGAAACCAUUGAAGACUUAGGUAGACAUGCUGAUAAAUGCAGCCGUGGUAUAAGGAGGGCGAGGACAGUGAUUUUGCAGAGAAUAAUCAGGCAUCGUACCCAGUCGACGGCCGAUGAAGAUUCUGUGGUAAUGCUAUAGCUGAGAUUUACAUAAGCUACUACUGAUUGUGCAUUGAAUUAAGGAAAUACUCACUGUACUACGUUUAUUUGACCAAUUAUAGAGAAAACUUGUAUUAUUGAUCACCUUUACUCCCUACUUUUUUUU